CGCAUCGUCAUCGCCUUGGACUGCGACUGCUUCUACGCCCAGUGCGAGGUGCUGCGGACGCCGGCGCUGCGCGGCAAGCCCGUGGGCGUGCGGCAGAAGAUGCUCGUCAUCACCUCGAGCUACGAAGCGCGAGCCUUCGGCAUCAAGAAGGGCGACAGCCUCGCCGAAGUCAGACGCAAGUGCCCGGAGAUCACGAUCUGCGACGGCGAGGACCUGACCUUCUACACGGAGACGUCGAACCGCUGGCGCGCGUUCGUCGAGGCGCACUGCAAGGGUUGCGCCGUCGAGCGGCUCGGCCUCGACGAGCUCUUCGUGGACGCGACGGCGAUCGUCGACAAGCGGCUGCGAGAGGGGGCCGCGGCGCCGCACACGUCGCCCGCGUGCCACGCCGCGGGCGAGGCCGGGCCGGAGCCGGCGCGCUACGCGGCGGCCGCCGCGUUCUGCGAGGACCUGCGCGCGCGCACGCGCGACGCGCUCGGCCUCGAGACGAGCGGCGGCGUGAGCUCGAACAAGCUGCUCGCGAAGCUCGCGACA